AGGAAAAGAAACUGAGACAAGCCAAAGCAGUUUGUGUCAGUUCCUUCACUCCCUGAGGCAUGUCUUGGCUUCCCUCCCAGGCAGGACCAUCCCUCCUUCGUUGGAUGACUGUGUGGUAAUGAUGCCAGCCAGCAGCCUCCUCCUCAUAGCUUAUUAUUCAGUUCAUCUCAUCUCAGUUCCUGUUUUGUACAGGCUGAUUUCCCCUUUGCUGACUCCAUCAACUGAGCUCAAAAACAGAGUUGCAUCUCUGCUCAUGGUACAAAUUGCUUCUUGUGAAGCCUGGCUGGGUCCUAAGAGGCUAUCCUGGCUACAGUGGAGCUUUGUGUGUGACCAACGGGUGCUGGGCAUGAGCCAGGCUGGUUGAAGUGAUAAGCUCUCCUGCCCUGCAGCCGGCCACAUGGUGAAUUCAAGGCCCUAAUCCAGUAAUACAACGGCAGUCACAUCAGCCCUGAGCCUGGGAAGAUGGUGUCACAGUCUUCCGGCCGGCAAGAUUCUCCUGUGGACCCCUGGGAAAGGGUCAGCAAUUACGGUGGCAGCAUUGAUGGUUUGCCCAGCCUCCUGGACUCUGACCACCCCCCUUGCCAAUCAGACAUCAGGGCAACGAGGCACAAAGCUGCCUGGAUUAACCCCCCGUGUGUGCAGCAACAGCUGCAGGAUUUGCCUCUUCGGGUGCCAACAAUGGGCAACAGUGGCAGCCACUUUGUGGGGCACGCUGCCUCUCCCUUGGGCCCUUCACCAUCGUCUCUUGAGGACUCCAUGAUGGGGACAAUAUCAUCCAAGCCCACUGUGGGUUCCAUGGGCAGCUCAGGAAAUAAGAGCUGUGACGUUCCUUUUACCUCAACGCAAGAGCGGGCAGUGCUCCCAGGACGCUGUCCUCGAAUGUCUCCAUUCCCGAGCGCUAGGAUGUGCACUGCUGCCCCACGUUCUAAGGCUAACAGUGCUUGUUUCACGCCUUCCCACCUGACAGCUUCCACUGAUAAAGGGGCUGUUAAAGUCAGUGGAAGAAGCAGUUCUUUGAGUUCCUUUUCACCAGAAGCAUUUGUGCUCCCUGUUGAUGUAGAAAAGGAGAAUGCCCACUUUUAUGCUGCAGAUUUGAUGAUAUCAGCAAUAGAGAAAAUGAAGUGUAACAUCCUGAGUCAACAGUACAUGGAAAACUGGAACACAGAAGAAGCCAGUGGGUCACUUGGGAAUGAUCAAGCUGACUCUGAAGUGACCUUUUAUACCAACAUAACGCAAGAGUCUGGGUCUUCCACUUCUUCCGACAGUGGCUAUGAAGGCAAGUGGGGUUGUGCUGUGUUACAGGUCAGCCCAGUGGUUCAAACACCUAUUUACUGUGAUGUGGUGAAAGAGUGCAAAUGUGACCUUGAUGAAUUUGUUGUUGUAGAACUUGGAGAGUUUAACAAUAUCACAGAAACCUGUGGAUGUCCCUGCAGCUCCUCUAAGAGUGUCACUUAUGAGCCAAACUUCAAUUCUGCUGAGCUAAUAGCCAAAGAAUUAUACCGAGUAUUCCGGAAGUGUUGGAUGUUGUCACAAGUUAAUUAUCAGCUGGCAGGUUCCCUGAGUGCAGCUGGCUCAAUAGUUGUAAAUGAAGAGUGUCUCCGGCAAGACUUUGAAUCCAGUGUGGACAUUGUAAAGGAAAUUAAAUUUAAGUCAAGGCUCAGAGGGACCAAAGACUGGACACCCCCGAGAUUUCAAGUCAUAGUUGAUGUCCACCCACCGCUCAAGAGGGAUCUCGUGGUGGCAGCCCAGAAUUUUUUCUGUGCUGGCUGUGGAACUCAAAUAGAACCUAAGUUUGCGAGGCGGCUCCGGUACUGCGAAUACCUGGGCAAGUAUUUCUGUGACUGCUGCCACUCACACUCGGAGUCCUGCAUCCCUGCACGGAUCCUGACCAUGUGGGACUUCAGGAAGUACUACGUCAGCAAUUUCUCCAAACGCCUACUGGACAGCAUAUGGCACCAGCCCAUUUUCAAUUUGCGGAACGUCAACUACAGUCUGUAUGCGAAGGCCAAGGAGCUGGGCAGAGUGAGGGAAAUUCAGGAGCAGCUAUUUCAGAUCAAGAAGAUGUUGAAGACCUGCAGGUUUGCUGAAAGCACAUUAAAGGAGUUUGAGCAGAUGCCCAGACACUUGACGGAUGAGCUCCACCUGUUCUCCCUGGAGGACCUGGUCAGGGUUAAGAAAGGGCUGCUGGUGUCUUCGCUUAAGGAUGUUCUGAAAGCUUCCCUGGAACACGUGGCCUGCUGUGAGCUGUGUCAAGGAAAGGGGUUCAUUUGUGAAUUUUGCCGGAGUACAACUGUCAUUUUCCCAUUUCAAACUGCAACGUGUAGAAGAUGUUCAGCUUGCAGAGCUUGCUUUCACAAGCAGUGCUUCCAGUCUGCCGAGUGCCCCCGGUGUGCAAGGAUCACAGCUAGGAGACGUUUGGCAAGUUUGCUCUCCGCAGCGACCUGAUGCCCCUAAGUACUGUGAAAAAGACUGUUCAUCACGCUUUAUGACAACACCGAUUUGUGUCUAUUAUUGAUACCAUUGUUUUAGGUAUCGACUACUGUAUGUUAAGAAGGAAAAUGGCCAAUAUUCUCUUAUUAUGUAUUUAAAAUUUUAAAAGAAUGCAGAUUCUUUGUUAUUAAGCAUAGGGUUGUAGUUGGUGAUUUUGUUUACAAAUGUUCGGUGUUUUUGCUGCUACUGUUUUUUUUAAGAGUUUUGUUUUGAUACUUAUAUUGUAUUUGAAUAGUUGUGUUUAACUAGUGUUGAAACCUAUUUUUUUAUGAAUUGUAACUGAUAAGGUGAAUUGCCCAGUUCCUCUGCCUGUAAAGGUUGUUCUGUGAAACAGAUUGGUACUUUUGUUGAAUAACAAUGCAACCAAAAAUCUCUUUGCUCAGCUUUUAUUUUCAGCUUAAAUGCCAUUUUGUAAUUGUAUCAGUCUUACAGAUUUUACUUAUUCCAGGAUGUGUGUAGGGAAUACACGUUACUUUCACAGUACGUUAUUCAAGCUGAGUUUGAGCUGCUUAGCCAUGUGUGGAGGUGCCAUUCGAAGCCGUUGCCUCUAGAUGGCGCCCAUCAAACCUGUAUUUGUCAUGUCUAUUCCACAACCUCAGUCAAGGGAUGCAUGGGUGAGUAGAACCUCAUCCUUGCCCUUUAGGAUUUUGUCUUGUACGUGUAAAAUUGAACAUAAAGUAUUUGAAGACUUAAAUAAGCUGUGAGAAAAUACUGUUCAUAACAAUGUGAUUCUAGUAAUAACAUUAAAAUCAUAGACAUCAAUUAGCAAGUUGAGAUGAAUCACUAAACCUUUAUGAAUUCCUUUUUCCUAAUAUUUCUUAGAUGCUUUCUACAAACAUAUGAGCCUAUUUUUUUUGUCUACCUCAUAUAUACUUUCUCGUACUUGAGAAAGGGCUCUGGGGGUCGGUCCCUCCCUGGCAC